AUGUAUCUGCCUACCAAGCUUCUUCCGCCACAAGCUCAGGCUAUUCUAAUUAUACUCAAUAUCCGACAUCGAGAUCUGAGAAAAGAAAUGGAUUUUGGGCGUAUUUUCUUUAAUUCCUCGUAUUCUGGCAACAUGAUUCCAGGAAAUGGUGAUUCCAUUUUUCAAGGAGCAACAUCGGUGAUGAACAUGGAGGAAACCUCAAAGAAGCGACCAUUUUUCAGCACACCGGAAGAACUCUAUGAUGAAGAGUACUUCGACGAGCAGUUGCCGGAGAAGAAACGCCGUCUCACUCCUGAACAGGUGAACUUGCUUGAGAAGAGCUUUGAGGCAGAGAACAAGCUGGAGCCAGAACGUAAAACUCAGCUGGCCAAAAAUUUGGGAUUGCUGCCUCGACAGGUGGCAGUAUGGUUCCAGAAUCGCCGUGCACGAUGGAAGAACAAACAGCUUGAAAAGGAUUACGAUCAACUUAAAUCCUCCUAUGAGUCCCUUUUGUCCAAUUAUGACUCCAUUCUCAAGGAGAACGAAAAGCUCAAAGCAGAGGUAAAAUCACAUCUAGCUAACUUAAUUGUCUUUCAGGAGCAUGGUUCAUGGAGCACUUUAUUUGUUGAGACUCCCUCAUUCCCUUUCUUAAGUGGACAAGGUGUAGCAUUGAAACUGCAGUUUUGGGCUCAACUGUUUCCAGAGUUGCCAAAUGAGAUAGAAUAG